AUGGAUCCUCGUUCAGCUUGGAAGCAGUACAUGAGAGACUUGUGUUUCUCCAAUGAUUUUUCCGAUGAGGAAGACGAUUUGGUCUUAGCGACUCUUAGCGCUUGGCAUGCGGACGGGGAAGCUUCACGCCAAGGGCUGUGGGGCGGUUCUGUCCCUAGGCAUCGCCGCAUCCACCGGAAUCGGCUGGAGGGCCACAAUAGGUUGUACAACGACUACUUUGCCGACCCCUCGAUGUACCCCGACUAUAUUUUUCGUUGCAGGUUCAGGAUGAAACAUGACCUUUACUGCAAGAUUGUGAAGGAGGUUGAGGAGCAUGACCCGUGGUUCCAGCAAAGGAGGAACGCUGCAGGGGAGCUGGGGCUGUCAUCCUUGCAAAAAAUUCUCUUGAUGAGCAUGAGGCAGUUCAUGUGUGCUGUCGUCGAGGUAUUCGAUGAUGAGUACCUCCGUGCUCCGAACGAGGACACUGCUCGCUUGUUGUAUAUGAACCAGCAAAGAGGGUUCCCCGGGAUGCUUGGAAGCAUUGACUGCAUGCAUUGGAGGUGGAAGAACUGUCUGACGGCGUGGUCGGGUCCUUUCACGAGCCAUGUCAAUGCAUUGACUAUCAUUCUAGAGGCUGUGGCGUCGCAGGACCUGUGGAUUUGGCAUGCCUUCUUUGGAAUGUCAGGUUCAUUGAACGACAUCAACGUGCUGCACCGUUCACAUCUCCUCGACAACCUUGCCCCUGGUGAGGCACAAUACUCCAUUAAUGGACACCAUUACACCAUGGGGUACUAUCUUGCAGACAACAUCUAUCCGGAGUGGGCUACGUUUGUCAAGUCCAUACAAGCUCAUGUUGGUAGGAAGCGGCAUCACUUCAUGGUCCAACAAGUGGCUACACGAAAGGAUGUCGAACGGGCAUUCAGAGUCUUGUAG